AUGCACAUUUGUGUUACUCCAAGCAUGCUUCAUAGCAGUUUGAAUUUUGGUCUUGGAAGUGCCUUAGUGAAGAUGUUUGCAAUCUGCUCCUCUGUCUUGCAGUACUUGAGCUUAACUUCUUUGUUUGCUGACACUUCUCGUAAGAUAUAUAAGCUUUUAGAUAUUGGGCAAAAUGACAUUUGCAUGGUAGGGAUAUGGGGGACAGGUGGAAUAGGUAAGACAACAAUUGCUAAAGCUGUUUAUAAUUCAAUUGCCCACAAGUUUGAAGCUAGUUGUUUUUUGAAAGAUGUUAGAGAAAGAUCAAUACCAUAUGGAGGCCUAGUCGAACUACAAAAUUGUCUUCUGUAUGAGAUUCUAAGGGGAAAGGAAUCAAAGGUGACCGAUGUUGAUAAAGGAAUCAAUGUGAUUAGGGAUAGGUUGAGGGCCAAAAAAAUUCUCUUGAUUCUUGAUGAUGUAAAUGAACUGAACCAGUUAAACACAUUAGUUGGAGGGUUUGAUUGGUUUGGUUCAGGCAGCAGAAUUAUCAUAACAACAAGAGAUAAGCAUUUGUUAACUGCGCAUGAAGUCAAUCGGAUAUACAAGGUCAAGGAAUUAGAUCCUCAUGAAGCUUUUGAGCUCUUCAGCAGUUGGAAUGGAUUCUCAAGAAAUAGAUUUGCAUGAUGAGUACGAGAAACUCGCACAAACUAUCACACACUAUGCUCAAGGCCUUCCAUUAGCUCUAAUGGUUUUUGGCUCACUUCUAAUCUGCAUUAGAUGGCUAUAAAAGAGUUCCAAACAAAGAGAUUCAGGAAAUUCUCAAAAUAAGUUAUAAUGCAUUAGAAGAGCAUGUGAAAAAUGUUUUCCUGCACAUCGCUUGUUUCUUUAGAGGGGAAAAUAAAAACUAUGUGAUAAAAAUACUAGAAAUUUGUAACCUCAACCCUAAGUAUAGUAUUGUAUUGCUCGUCGAAAAGGCCCUCAUAAAUAUUGAUGAGAGAGAUUGUAUUGGCAUGCAUCACUUGCUAGAAGAAAUGGGUAAAGAAAUAGUUCGCCAAGAGUCACCAUCUGAG